ACUGCUAUUCAGUGACUGGUGAAAAUGGAAGGGAUCGACAACGUUACGUGACCUCAUCGAGUGAACCCAGACGAAGGGAGACGUUCACUUGUUAUCCAUGAAUCGAAGAAGGAAGACGUUUAAUAUUUUCAUCCGUUUUAUAAUACGAGGAAGAUGAUUUACUAAGUGGUUAACGAACUUGCACACGCAAGUGUGCCUAUACAACUAAUUAACAAUGGAAGCCAAUAUGGCACUCACCACAAGCUAUGUCGUAAAGACGACACAAAUUUCUUUUAAUAAUUUUAUAACGCACCAUGAUUGGAUUUUCAUCAACAAUGGUGGAACCUCAAAAUCAGGAGAUGUGGAAAUGGAAGACGGAACCAGAGUCCCCUAAGGGGACAUCUAUGGAAGAUGUAGAAGAUGAUUGGUUUAUGUACAACGAUAAGUCCUUAGAAUUCACUAAAUAUGCUGCUGAUGAACCUGUUAUGUAUGACGAUCAACCAACAAACCGUGCACAUAGGGCGACAAAACUUUUAGAUGAAUUAAACGAAUGGAUAAAGGAAGAACCUUUCUCGUAUUGGUUGGAGGAGAGGACUAAUCUGCCGAUAUUCGAAGAAUUAGAAAACUCAGAAUGUGGUCAAAACAACAAAUCAGUACAUCCGGCUGUAAUAAAAAAUCAGCAAGAACAGUAUAACACUAAAACAUUGUUAGAAGAAUUCGAAACUGUUUUGGAAGAUGUUGAGGCUUGCCAUCAAAUAAUUCCAUCGUCAGUUUCAACCUUAACUCCGCCACAGUCACCUCCACCAAAUAAAUCAUUAACUGUAGACACUAAAUUACUUGUUACCUUACAACCGGUGCAAAUGAUUCAGCCGGUAAUAUCGAGUCAACAACAACAGCUGCCUGUAUAUAAUGUCAUAGUAUCUUCAGAAAAACAACAACAACAACCUGCAGUCUAUCAGAACGAAGUAUGCAUUCCUGAACAAUGGAAUCACGAAAGUGUAUCAUUGGAUCCACUAGGCGGAGAAGACGUUGCCAAUGAUUUGGCAGUCGUAGAUGAAUACGUGAGAUCGCACACCGAAGACAUUCCAACAGCAUACAGUUCAUGUACCAGUCCAAGUGGUAGCUGUGCCUCUUCUGAAGAUUCCAUUUCUGACGAUCCUGACUGGAUCGCUGAUAUAUCCUACGAUAAGAAACAAUCUACUUCAAUUGGUAAAAAAAAUCAGUACAAACCCUAUUCCCGCCCAACGAUCGAGGACAAAAAAGUACGGAAAAAAGAACAAAACAAAAAUGCGGCUACCCGUUACAGGCAGAAAAAGAAACAAGAGAUCAAAGAUAUUUUAGGCGAAGAACACGAACUUACCGAAUACAAUGAAAAGUUGCAAGGCCAAGUAAAGGAUCUACAGCGGGAAAUUGGGUACUUAAAAGGAUUGAUGAGAGAUUUGUUUAAAGCGAAGGGUUUUAUCAAGUAAUGAUUUCAGCCGAGGAGGAUUUUUAUUUUUCUUCCUUCUUUCCUUCUUCCCUUUCUCCCUUCCUUGCUUCUUCCCUCCUUCCUUAUCUCAACUCCUCCUCUACCCUUCUCUUCAACAAUCUUUUUUAUAAUCCGUUUGUUUAGAUAAUCACAUUUAUUGAAUUUAUUUUAACUAUAGAUUUCUCGACACAUCAUUUUACAAUAUCACUAUACUAACUAAUACGAUAACAUUAUGCUUAUAUCAUCGAUUGUUGCAUAUAUAUAUUAUAU